AUGGCUAGAAACUUACAAUCGCAGCUAAAAACUCUGCAAAAACGUGAACGACAAAUAGUGCUUAUGCUGGACAGUGUCGAUCGUUUUUUGCAACACUAUAAUUCGGAACAUGAUGAGUGUCAAUUAACUUCUAGGAUUCAAGCUUUGGAUCCAGUGUACAGUGAGUUUUACGAAGUGCGUGGAAAAAUAGAGAUUGCUUUGGAAGAGGCCGAUGAAAAGCUGGACAAGGAUUUGGAAGAGGACACUAAAAAGGAAGCAGAAAAGCAACGACAGGAUGAGAACGAGAGGAUUUUUCUGGAGUUUGAGGAUCGAUUUUUCGAGCUGAAAGGAAUGCUCAUGAAACUUCAAUCAUCGAAAUCAUCUCAGCCAAGCGACGAGUCGAGAUUCAGCCAAGAUCGGUCCGCCCCAUUCUCUCGUGUCAAGCUUCCAGAGAUUCGACUUCCAACCUUCAACGGGAAGAUCAAGGAAUGGGUGACGUUCAGAGAUAGCUUUCGGAGUCUCAUUCACUGCAAUCCUCAGCUAGGAUCUACGGAGAAGUUCACGUAUCUCAGGUCUGCCGUCACAGGUGAUGCGUUGAAGGAUAUCGCAUCCAUUGAACUCACCGAUGCCAACUAUGAUGUCGCUUGGGAUAUUUUGGAGGAGCGUUACGAGAAUCGUAAGCUCAUUGUGAAGGCUUACCUGGACGCAUUAUUCGCUUUAGAACCUCUGAAGAAAGAAGGCUACGACGGGCUGAAUAAUCUGAUCACCGAGUUCGAGAAGAAUCUUCAGAUGUUGCAGAAGGUCGAUGAAGAAACCGAAGGCUGGAGUACAAUCCUGGGUUACAUGCUGAGCGCCCGUCUUGAUCCUGUUACUCUUCGAAAUUGGGAAACACACCAUAACAGCAAGGAAGUUCCCAGGUACGAAGACCUCAAGAAGUUUUUACGCAACUAUUGCAGUGUUCUCCAAUCUGUAGCGCCAUCGAAAGGGUCAAGUUCAACAGACAACAAGCAAUCCAGGAGUUCAGUAUGUAAUACCGCAUACAAGUCGUCGAAUCGGUGUCCAUUCUGCAACGAUCCGUGGCAUUCACCCUUCCACUGCCAGAAGUUCAUGCGUCUCAAAUUGUCUGAGCGUUUGGAUGCGGUUAAUCGAGCCAGAGUCUGCCGUAACUGUUUCCAGAGUGGUCAUUUCGCAGCGAAUUGCAGCCGAAGUACCUGUCGUCAUUGUCACCAGAAGCAUCAUUCGUUAAUCCACGCGUCGCGAUCCUCCGUUCCACACCCGUUGAAUCCGAAGCCUUAUCAACAGUCAACCUCACAACCCAUCGUUCAACAAGCAUCGUUCCAACAGCCGAAUCCACAACUCCAACCAACAAACACCGAGAACUUGCACACCUCAACACAAAAUGCACCAACAACCUCACAACACACAAACACACAACAAACCUCAACACAUAGUAACACCAGUCAAAAUUAUGUCGCACUUCCUGCUUCUCCUUCGAAUAACAUUAUUCUGUCAACGGCUCUAAUAAGAGUGAAAGAUCGUCAUGGCAACACGCUGGUUGCUCGAGCUCUUCUUGAUUCUUGUUCGCAACACUGCCUCAUGACACGUGACUUCUCUCGCAAGCUGCGCUUCGUUGAAUCUCCCACGUUCCUGUCGGUCCAAGGUAUUGGAUCAUCGCAAAGUGUUUCAACAAAGGCUGUGAGCGCUGAAAUAACUCCCCGUUCGCCGAAGAUGUCCCGUUUCCAGGAAACUGUGCAAUUUUUCGUUUUGCCAAAGCUCACUCUUCAUUUGCCAACAACUUCGUUUGAUCCAUCCACUUUGUCGCUUCCUGAUGCAUCGCUCCUGGCAGAUCCGUAUUUCCAUGAGUCGAGGCGCAUAGACGUAAUAAUUGGCGCUGAAUAUUACAUGGACAGUAUAUUGUAA